UUGGCUACUUGUCAAAUUUUUUCACAUUUCAGAUGUUUUAGAUAAAUUUAAUUAUUUUUUGCGUAAAGUACAGAGCCAGCACCAAAUAGCGCGGCCAAUAUGAUGCGCAUCCAAGGUAAAGGUCGAGCUGAAUUCGUAGGACGACUUUUGCGUCACACGUAGCGCACACUGCCGGAUGCAGUGUGUCAGUAUAUAAACCAUACGUUUGUACGUGUUCAUGGUGAUUCGCAUGAUUGCUGUACCUACCUCAACCUUGAACUCACACGUUCGUGCAAGUGACUCGUUUAGGCAGAGGCUGUAAAUAAACCAAGGGGGGCUCCACCACCUCCCACCCUUGCUACCUUUUCUGACAUACACGGCAAAGCAUCGAUACACUCAGCUUUGUGCACCUAAUUCUUCUAUCGGAAACGCGUGUGAACUCACUCGAAGUUCGUAGCCCGCGACUGGAUGUCGAAAUAGCUUCGACAGUUCUUUUUUACCUUUAUUAAAAGAAAUUGAUCGAUACAUUUCACUUGUGCCAUGAUCGGGACAGUUUUUCUACUAUGCUUGUUCGUUUUAACAAACGGUCAAGUUUUCGCCGGUGAGAAUAAGUUUUGCUACGAAAAUACCUCCGACAGUCGGUUAUGGCUGUCAACCACCCUCGAAACGCGUCAGACAUUGCAGGCCGAGAACCCCGCCGAUCUCCAAAGGGCAGUACCGGUGUCGCAAGGUUCUUCGUGGUGGACCGACUUCCCCGUUCUGCCGUUGGUAUUCGCCAAUUCAAACACGAUUCCAAAGGGUCGUUGCAGGAAGCAAGUCCAACGGUACCUCAAGGAACUCGCCAAUUCCACGUUGUGGGCCGUCCAGAUGUUCGACGCCUCAACGAAGUAUCCUGACGGCGUGCUUCACGGUCAAACGAAACAUUUGGGAAGCUUUGACCAAUGCUACAACUUGCGAGCGGAACUUCCGCCGGAUGAAUUCUCUGACAUUGGAGAGCCUGACGAGGUCAAGGGUCGCUACUGUUUGGUUCGCUUACGGUACCAGCGGAAAGAUGUGGAACCUAAACGCCCGAAAACCUUUACCCUUGACUUCGAUCCAAAUCUGUCCGUCUGGAACGCGAUUGACUACACGGGAGACUUUCGCCGUGUCAAACGACACUCUGUGUACCUGUCGCUUUGCGUUCCGGCCAGCUGCAGCUCUCAAGAUGUUGCGACGGCGUUGACGGAGCCCUUGAAGGAGUUGGCGAACGCCCGGCAAAUACACCUGGACGUCACAGUGAAGCCGUCGCUUUGCCAAGCACGUAGCGACGUCCCUGAGGAUUUCACCGUGGGGGCAAAGGUUUUUCUUUUCAUCGUUGCGGGACUGUUUGUCCUUGUGGUAGCGAGUUCAUGGUACGACAGCAGCGUCUAUUCUUCGGAGGAAGCGGUCAAGGACAACGAACCCAGAGACCUUUUUCUCUCCUUUUCCGCACGGCGUAACUUGCGCUCGAUUUACGCCAAUGAGAGUUCUCACCCUGGUCUUGAUUGCAUUAAUUUGAUCCGUUUUUUCUUCACGGCAUGCACAAUGUUUGGACAUAGAUCGAUGCAGUACUACGGCUACCCGCUCGUGGAGUCAACGUACCUUGAAAAGGCCUACACCGUACCUUUUUCGAUGAUGGUAUUCAACGGAACGAUUAUCAUCGACGGAUUCUUCAGUAUCGGAGGUCUUCUUGCAGCCUACGGUGCGCUUCGUGAUCUUGAUCGGAGUAAACAAUUGAAUUUUACCGCGCUCAUACUCAAUAGAUUUCUACGGUUGACACCCCUCUACAUGUUGGUCGUCUUAUUCAAUGCUACCCUGAUGCCGAUGAUGGGAUCCGGUCCGUACUGGGAAGCCAGGGUGGGUUUUGAAAGAGAUAAUUGCGCGAAAAACUGGUGGGCUAAUCUCUUAUACGUCAACAACUACGUGCGUCCCGAGGAGAUGUGUAUGUUUCAAUCCUGGUAUUUAUCGGUCGAUUAUCACCUUUACAUCAUGGGACUCUUGGUCUUAUGGGUUUAUUGGAAGCUUCCGAGAAGACUGGGCUACCCGUUUCUCUGUAGUUUGAUUGCACUGGGCAUUGCCAUUCCCUUCUUCAUUACCUACGUUCAGGACCAACAGCCAAUAUUCAUUUUAUUGCCUACGCUACCGGAAGUUAGAAAAGAUCCAUACUUCCUUGGUCAGUAUAUCAAAUCGCAUACAAGAAUCGGUUCCUACAUGGUUGGCGUUUUGGCUGGGGCGAUUAUCUACGACCAUAAAGAUGCCACGUGGAGACUCCCCAAGGCGUGGUCGCGAUUUCUUUUUAUUUUACUGGCAGUCGGAUUUACUAUCGUCAGCGAGUCUUUGGCUGCUAAGUAUUUUGACCCCAACAGUGAGCUGCACCCACUCGAGACGGCCGCCUACGCCGGGUUUCACAGAGCAGCGUUUGCUCUUGGAAUAUGUUCGAUCGUUGUUCUGAUUACAAUUGGCGAUGGUUUGGACUUUCAUCGCAACUUUAUGACACCACGCUGGGUCCCGCCCCUUGCAAGACUCGCUUACGGUGCUUAUCUUGUUCACAAUAUUAAGCAAAUCUAUGAUAUCGGUGCUACUAGAAACCCCCGCGUAUUUUCCCUCAACGACUGGCUCUCGAAUUUCCUGGCAGACAUGUUCUACACUUUUGGUAUAUCCCUGCUACUAUCGGUGAUUGUCGAAUGGCCGAUACGAAAGAUGGAGCAGGUCGUACGAACGAAACGACGAAGCAAAUGUCCCGCGAAAGAAUCGAAUUCCGACGACAUCAAACAGAGCAACUGAAAAUGACCUAAGCAUAAUUACGUAAAUUGCCGCCUUAUGCAUUGUAUGAUAUAUGUAUAGGUAAACUCGUGGUUGGUAUAUCGGUGUUGUAGUACAAAUACUUGCAUAUCCCCAGUUUGUAAUUUUGUAUCAAGUUAUUCUUAUAAAGAGAGUCAUUCGUCUCAAAUACCAUAGGAUUCGUAGUACCUACAUAAUUUGGAGUGGCUUAGAACGAGGAUGUGGAAUAAAAUCUCAUAAACAAGUUAAUGCAUUAUAUUAAGUCAACACCGAGAAGGGCAAGUUAUAUAUCAACCAAAAUAAAUUUGCGGUUUGCACUUGACUGACGCACGUAAAAUUAAACAGCUAUCAUCUUGAUAAUUGUAAUCAGAUACCAAACUGGCAGGGGACUCUGGGUGAAUUUGUAAUAACUCUGUGAGUAAAUUUCUGGAGGAGAAUAAAAAUAGGAAGGAUACACCCUUAACCUAA